AUGACAAAAUCCGAGACCACGCUUUCAAAGUUACGGGCAGGAUCUAAUUCUACCCAAGAAUGCAAAGAGUUGAUGUCUUAUCUUCCAAAAGACAGAAACUUUUUCACAGAGCAUCUCUAUCAAUACCAAGGAUUUUGGUACCCACCAAACCUCUUAGAAGGUGUUCUAUAUAGCCAGAAGCAUUUUCACGCUAGAGAUUCAGACAUCAUCCUCGUAAGCAGUCCUAAAUCAGGCACAACUUGGUUAAAAGCACUAGCCUUUGCUUUGGUUCAGAGACAAGAGUUCCAAAAUCCUCUAGAAUCACAUCCUCUGCUCCAUAACAAUCCACAUUCCCUAGUGCCCUUUAUCGAAGCUUUCAACUUUCACACUCAAAAAGAUACUUUUCCUAGGAUCUUCUCUACACACAUUCCUCUUGGGUCUCUCCCUGAGUCCGUUCAGGACUCGUCUUGCAAGAUUGUGUACUGCUGCAGGAACCCGAAGGACGCGUUUGUCUCGCUUUGGCAUUUCAUGAAAAGAUUGGUUCUCAAGGAGAUGGUUGGUUGUACAAUGGAGGAGAUGGUGAGAGGGUUUUGUAGAGGGUCAAGUGUUUAUGGACCCUUUUGGGAUCAUGCAUUGGAAUACUGGAAAGAGAGCCUAGAAAACCCGGAGAGAGUUUUCUUUGUUAUGUAUGAAGAGAUGAGAGAGAAGCCAGAGGAAUGGGUGAUGAAGAUCGCUGAGUUCUUGGGAUGUUCUUUUACAGAGAGAGAGGUUGAAGAUGGAGUCUUGGAGGAUAUUGUAAACCUGUGUAGUCUUGAGAAUCUGAGUAAGUUGGAGGUUAACGAGAAGGGGAAGUUGGUGAAUGGAAUGGAGACUAAGGCUUUCUUCAGGAAAGGCGAGAUUGGAGGAUGGAAAGAUACUUUGACUCCUUUGCUGGCUGAGGAGAUAGAUAAAGCCACUGAGGAGAAGCUGCUUGGUUCUGCUUUUAGAUUCUUUUGCUAA